AUGCUAAGAGUAUCCCGCUUCACGCAAGUGAGGGGCGGAAUUCGAAGUUCUGUCCUAAGUCAGCAAUCGAAGAUUAGGGAUGCCGCCGCGUUUGCCAAGAAAAGCAGAAUAAGGUGGGGCGGACACGUGAUGCGCUUCAACGACAACCGUUGGACUAUAGCCGUGACCGACUGGGCUUCACGCCAUAUCAAGCGCACUACAAGAAGACCGCCGAUCCGAUGGUCAGACUUCUUUACAAAGUCUUUGAAAGAAACAUUCGAUCCUCCUCGCGUCCCAAGCGAAAGGCGAAACCAUUGGACGACUCUUGAACUUCAUUGGCGUGAAUGGGACAAAUGGAAGGAUUACUGGCGCCCGCUGGACCAAUAG